AUGAACAUUACAAAUGGACCAGCUGUUUGUCGAAUAUGUAUGUGUGGCGAAACAUCGAUUCCAUAUUUAGGAAACCAAGCCGGGGAACCACUUAUUUCUCCUUGUAAAUGCACGUGAGUUUAGAAAUAAAACAUCGAUUCUCCAAUCGUUCUGAAUUUUAGAGGAACAAUGGGACUUUACCACAGAAGCUGUCUUGAGCAUUGGUUAACUCUGACACAUACGAAAAUUUGUGAAAUUUGUAAACAUAGUUUUAAAUUGGAUCAGUAAGUAUAAGAUUGAUGAUAUCAGUUAUUUAUCUAUUUUUUACAGAAAAUAUCAAACUUUUUACGAUUAUAUAUGUCAAAAAGGUUAUCGUAAACGUAGAAAUGGACGAAAACUACGAAAUCCAUUCAUUGAUUUAGGAUUUAUUGUUUGCAUGAUACCAGUAGCAGGAACUGCUCUAGUUUUAUGUAUGAAUGGUGCAAGUUUGGCUGCGAAAAAGUAAGUUCAAUAAAUUGAUAAUGAAAUGAAAUUUGAUAAUAAUAAUAAUAUUCAGAUACCACUUGGCCUUUGAAAAUCGAAACGACCCGGUAAAAGCAAAUGGAAUGGAAGAAACUCUGAAUGAGACAUUGAUUGGUAUUUUUAUUUUGUAAUUUUCCUAUACAAGUAUAUUUUUCAUCGUGUUUCUUUCAGAAUUUGCCCUGUUUGUAUUUAUUGCAAUGGUGAUAUUUGUGGCGGUCUGCACUUUUAUAAUUGUAACAUUUGUGAAUAAUUGGUCACAAUUUAAAAAAUGGCAGGAAAGAAAUCAGAUUUUUUAUGUUGUUGAUGAUGAAACAUCGAUCACUCAACAAAACACAAAUUUCAAGAAUAGUAUGGUAAGUCUCCAAAAAAAUGUUGGUACUUAAAUCUUGAAAAAAAAACCACAAAAUUUAGGGGCGAAUCCGAGAAUGUGAAGAAAUGCCAGAAAUCGUUAGAUCUGAAGCAAUUCAAAUUGAAACAAUCAAUGUUAUUCAACCAGCUUGUUCUUCUUCUCCUCAUUCUUCAAGUCUCGAACCAAGUUAUGAUUUAUCAGAAGAAAUACCGAUGGUUUCAAUUUUAUAUACAAAAGAGCUGAAUGUAAGAAAAGGAAAAUAUUUUGAAAGACAAAAAUAUUAUUUUUCAGGAGAUUCAUAAAAUUGUUUCAUCGACUCCUCAAAUGUAUGGACUUCCACCUCGAGAUCUUACUUUAUCACCAAUUGCACUUGAUGAUUUAUAUUCGGAGACAACUUUAUCUGAUUUUAAUGAGGUCGAAAAUAUCAAAAUUCCAAGUAAUACUCAACCAAAGCAUUUCAUAUCAGACUAUUUUCAUUUUCAGAAUCUCAAUCAGUUUAUUCAGUUUGCUCAUUCACAAAAGGUGUAAAAAUGUGUUCAACUCCUCGAAUGUCAAAACAAUCCGAAGUCAAUUUAUCCACUUUCAAGGUAAUAUUUCUAAUAUUCCAUUUUUUUGUGAAAUCUUGAUGUUCAAUGUAUUAUUUUUCCAGGGUUUCAAUCCCAUGGAAACUUCUUGCAUCGAAGAAGAACCCUUUGAAACAAAAGGUAGAUUUCAAGUCGAAAAAAUAACAACACCCCAAAAAUAA